AUGUCUACAUCACAUGACCCAAGCCAGGAUGAAUUCAAUUCUUUCAACGACAAUGGCUACCUAUUCCUCCGCAACUUGCUGACUCCAUCAGAGACCAAAAAUCUCCAACAAUGGGCGCAAGAAGUUCAUGACUUGCCCCGAACACCAGAAGCCCCAUGGAUGCCCUACGAAGAGGUCAACUCCACCAGCGCCCGCGUCCUCUGCCGCACCGAGAACUUCGCCUCCCACCUCGCCGGCUUCAACACCCUACUCCGAGUCCAACUCCUCGAGCUCUCCGGCAGCGGCGGCUUCGCGCCCCACAUCGACUCAACGGCCUACACGCACAUCCGAAAAAUCAAACACCUUACCAUUCUCCUCGCCGUCGAUGCCGCAACCUUGCGAAAUGGCGACCUCGAAAUCGUCAGAGAUAGCCACAAGAUGGACGUCUCCAUCGACAGAAAGGACAAUUGCAUCGACCCUGCGUGGGUCGCGGAUGCGGUUUGGUCGUUGUGUGAGUUGCAAGCGGGCGAGCUGCUCGUCUUUGGCAAUUACCUGGCUCACCGGAGUGGGGCGAAUAAGAGCCCGGAGGAUAGGAGGGUCGUGUAUGCGACAUAUAAUUGUAAGGCGGAAGGGGACUUGCACGAGGAGUAUUAUCGUGAUCGGGCCAAGGAAUGGCCAGCGCCGCAUAUGAGAAAGGAGGGGGGGAAUUAUGCGACGGUGGCUUUGAGGUAUGGUUUCGGGAGCCCGAUGUUGAGUGUUGCAAGUGGAAAGCAGUUGGAGGUUUGA